AUUGGAUUUUCACCCUAGUCUAGCAGCUCUGCUGCUCACAUAGAUGCAGAUGAAUGAAGACCCCAUUCGGGAAGACACUUGGCCAGCGGUCCAGAGCUGAUGCAGGCCAUGCUGGAGUCUCUGCAAACAUGAUGAAGAAGAGGACAUCUCACAAAAAACAUCGGACCAGUGUGGGACCAAGCAAACCUGUGUCCCAGCCCCGGCGGAACAUCGUAGGCUGCAAGAUCCAGCAUGGGUGGAGAGAGGGCAACGGCCCUGUCACCCAGUGGAAGGGGACUGUCCUGGACCAGGUGCCUGUGAACCCUUCCCUGUAUCUCAUAAAGUACGAUGGAUUUGACUGUGUCUAUGGACUAGAGCUGAACAAGGAUGACAGAGUCUCUGCACUUGAAGUCCUCCCUGACAGAGUUGCAACAUCUCGGAUUAGCGAUGCACACUUAGCGGACACAAUGAUUGGCAAAGCGGUGGAGCACAUGUUUGAAACAGAGGAUGGCUCUAAAGAUGAGUGGAGGGGGAUGGUCUUGGCACGGGCACCUGUCAUGAACACAUGGUUUUACAUCACCUAUGAGAAAGACCCUGUCUUGUACAUGUACCAGCCCCUAGAUGAUUACAAAGAAGGCGACCUCCGCAUUAUGCCCGAUUCCAAUGAUUCGCCUCCAGCAGAAAGGGAGCCAGGAGAAGUUGUGGACAGCCUGGUAGGCAAGCAAGUGGAAUAUGCCAAAGAAGACGGCUCGAAAAGGACUGGCAUGGUCAUCCAUCAAGUAGAGGCCAAGCCCUCUGUCUAUUUCAUCAAGUUUGAUGACGACUUCCAUAUUUACGUCUACGAUUUGGUGAAAACAUCCUAGAUGUCAUCACAAACUCUGCCAAAUUUGUGGAACUAUUAAAUGUAUAAUUUGUAGACAUAAAGACUCGAUUGCUUUCCAGUUUAAUGAAAGCUUAGAUGUCCCUGCGAACCCACAAUCUCCACCAGCAGAGCUGGUGUUGUUCUGAAUAGUGCAGACUGAUUCAAACACAAGGCAUCUGUGAGGGGUCCUCCCUCUUCAGAGCGUCUGUGUGAGGGGUCCUCCCUCACAGGAAGGCUGUCUGUUGGGGGUUACAAGCAAGGUGGUAAAGUUAAGCUAGCAUCACAGUCAUUUAAACCUGGAUAGGUUGUACCCAUUUCCCCUUCACUCUGACACUAUCUUAUUCUGCUGCCACAAUGCAAGCAUAGUUUGUUAUUUUUGUUACUGCCUUUUUUGAGAGAUUAUGUAUCUAUAUAGCUACCUGUCUAGAUCUGCAUCUGUGUGCCUAUGUAUAUAUUAUACACACACAGAGGCACUCACCACUGACACGCCUUUCCUUGCGGAUUGGGGUGGGGGUGAAAAUGUUUUCUCCAGUUCAACAGGAGUGCUCGAUCCAAGUCAGUCAUAUUUAUAAUAUGCCUGCUCUUUGUUUGAAAUUAAAUUUGGGCACAGGAAGCACACAGAGACAUUUAGGUUGUUUCAAAAGUCAAUUUCUGAGUACCAUUUCAAUCCGGAGGCUUUUGGCUGAGUCCAGGUAUAAAUUAGCCAUAAACAGUCAAUGACCCACAGUAGAAUUCUGGUAAACUGUUGAGAAAUCUGGGUAAAAGGCUGCCUUCAAUUCUAAGCUUUAUUUUUUUUUGUGGUUUUUGUUGUUAUUGUUUGUUUCUGUUAUCGUUGUUGUUUACUCUUUAAUCAUAACUACUUUGACAAUAGAGCCCGGGUCCUUGGUUCACAUGGAAUAAUAUAGAUGUGCUUCUAGACGGCACAUUAGUCCAUUUGUUCACACCUGUCAGCGGGGUUUUACUACAUGGACUUAAAAGGCAACAAUAAAUCCAGGGUUUGUAUGUGCCGUAG